GCGUGGUUUCGGAGUGCGCGUGCGUGUUAAGUGGGCUCCCGGAAGUCAGCCAUGGCGUCUCUCCGCCAAGCCACGCUGCGGAAACUGCGCAGAUUUUCUGAGCUGAGAGGCAAACCUGUGGCAGCUGGAGAAUUCUGGGAUGUGGUUGCAAUAACAGCUGCUGAUGAAAAGCAGGAGCUUGCUUAUAAGCAGCAGUUGUCAGAGAAGCUGAAGAAAAGGGAGCUGCCUCUUGGAGUUCAAUACCACGUUUUUCCUGACCCUGCUGGAGCCAAAAUUGGAAAUGGAGGAUCAACACUUUGUUCCCUUCAGUAUUUGGAAAGCCUCUAUGGAGAUAAAUGGAACUCUUUGAAGGUCCUGUUAAUUCACUCUGGUGGCUAUAGUCAGCGCCUUCCCAACGCAAGUGCUUUAGGAAAGAUCUUCACAGCCUUACCACUCGGUGAACCCAUUUAUCAGAUGUUGGAGUUAAAACUAGCCAUGUAUGUGGACUUCCCCUUAAACAUGAGACCAGGAGUCUUGGUCACCUGUGCAGAUGAUAUUGAACUCUACAGUGUUGGGGACUGUGAGUCCAUUGCCUUUGACCAGCCUGGCUUCACUGCCUUAGCCCAUCCUUCUAGUCUGGCUGUAGGCACCACACAUGGAGUAUUUGUCUUGCACUCUGACACUUCCUUACAAUAUGGUGACCUUGAGUACAGGCAGUGCUAUCGUUUCCUCCACAAGCCCACCAUUGAAAAUAUGCAUCGCUUUAAUGCUGUGCAUAGACAAGGAAGCUUUGGUCAACAGGACUUGCCUGGAGGUGACACUGCCUGUCUUCCAUUGCACACUGAGUAUGUCUACACAGAUAGCCUGUUUUACAUGGAUCACAAAUCAGCCAAAACAUUACUUGAUUUCUAUAAAAGUGAAGGCCCACUGAACUGUGAAAUAGAUGCCUAUGGAGACUUUCUGCAGGCCCUGGGGCCUGGAGCGACUGCAGAGUAUACCAGGAACACAUCACAUGUCACUGAAGAAGACUCCCAGUUGUUGGACAUGAGGCAGAAAAUAUUCCACCUCCUCAAGGGCGCACCACUAAACGUUGUUGUUCUUAAUAACUCCAGAUUUUAUCACAUCGGAACAAUGCAAGAGUAUCUACUUCAUUUUACCUCUGAUAGUACAUUAAAGUCGGAGCUGGGCUUACAAUCCAUAGCUUUCAGUGUCUCUGCAAGUGUUCCUGAAUGCUCCAGUCAAACAGCCUGUGUCAUUCACAGUAUAUUGGAUUCAAGAUGCUGUGUGGCCCCUGGCUCAGUUGUAGAGUAUUCUAGAUUGGGGCCUGAGGUGUCCAUCGGGGAAAAUUGCAUUAUCAGCAGUUCUGUCAUAGCAAAAACUGUUGUGCCAGCAUAUUCUUUUUUGUGUUCUUUGAGUGUGAAGAUAAAUGGACACUUAGAAUAUUCUACUAUGGUGUUUGGCAUACAAGACAACUUGAAAAACAGUGUUAAAACCCUGGAAGAUAUAAAGGCACUUCAGUUCUUUGGAGUCUGUUUCCUCUCUUGUUUAGACAUUUGGAAUCUUAAAGCUACAGAGAAACUGUUCUCUGGAAAUAAGAUGAACCUGAGCCUGUGGACUGCACGCAUUUUUCCUGUUUGUUCUUCUCUGAAUGAUUCGGUUACAGCAUCCCUUGGGAUGUUAAGUGCUGUAAGGAGCCAUUCACCAUUCAGCCUAAACAACUUUAAGCUUCUCUCCAUCCAGGAAAUGCUUGUCUACAAAGAUGUACAGGACAUGCUAGCUUAUAGGGAACAAAUUUUUCUAGAAAUUAGUUCAAAUAAAAAUCAAUCUGAUUUAGACAAAUCUUAAAUAGAAUAUAUUUUCCCCUUUAACAAAAUUGCAAGUACAGGCAUUUUCUAUAGACGUCUGACUUUUUUGUUUGUUUUAAUAAAUCAGUAUAAUAAAAGUUAUGUUAAUAUAACUGUUGUGGCUCGGUAAUGAGAAUGGUACAGCUGACUACUUCUGCUGGAAGGACGUUCCAGGACUAAAGUCAGGAAAAUUAUGCUGUUUUAGAUGUUUGCACCAUCUUAAAAUUUUGCUUUUUGGUAAGGAUCCAUUUAUGUGUCACUGUUUCAUUUACAAAAUAAAUAUGUCUAUUUUAUAGGAUGAUGUUCUAAACAUGCCUUUAAAGCUUUUAUAUCUUCUUUUGAAAUUUGGCCAAUAAAGUUCUAGGUGAUAUUGAGGAUUGGAUUACUCUACUUUUCAUAGUGAGACAACAUGUAACAAAUCAUUGUCAUAAAUUCUUAAAAGAAAUGUCAUUAUUUGAGGUUUUCUUUAAAGAUUUUGUUCUACUUUUAUUUUAUGUGUAUAAGUGUAUUAGUUACCUGCAUGUAUGUGUGUGUACCACGUACUUGCGGUACCUGUAGAGGCUAGAACAGCUGUGCUCAACCUGUGGGUUGUGACCUUUUUUAGGGUCUGACAGUCUUUUGAGGGGUAAUCUCAGAUCAUUAGAAAGCAAAAUAUUUACAUUUAUGACUCAUAACAGUAAGAAAAUUACAGUUAAGAAGUAGAAACAAAAAUAAUUUUAUGGUUGGGGUCACCACAACAUGAGGAAUUGUUUUUAAAGGAUGGUUGAAAACCACUGUUCUAGAAGAAGGCAUUGGAUCUCUUGGAACUAGAUUUAUAGAUGGUUAGGACCUCCAUGUUGCUUCAGUCAGUCACCCUUAGUCCUAUGAAAGUGCUAGAAAAUCAUGUUUGUGCCUCAUUGGUCUUGCCAAAAUGAUAUAAAAGAAUGUGUAUAUUAUUUUGUUCUUAUACACUAGAACAUGUGUUGCCAUAUUUUAUAAGCUAUGUCUACUGAUGUAUUUACAUUGGGAAAUAUGUACACACAGAACUCAGAUGUCUGCUCAGGAGGUGGUAGGAAUAGAUGAGCACCAGUGCUCAUUCUCCAUGGACAUUACUUAAUCCUCUCCUAAUUAACCCACCACCACAUCUCUUGACAGUGGACAUUUGCCUUCCAUCAUUUUGUGUCCAUAGUGGUAGUGAUGCUGUGAACAAACAAUUGGCCCAAAGAGAUGAAAUUCAAAUAGGAAAUCUGAAGAGCUACUCAGAUCAUAAACAACUUCAGAGAAAUGAAACGGGUAGAAUUCCUGGUUAUGCACACCUAUUUGAAAUAAACACAUUAGUGGAAUGUCUUUAGGUAGAACUUUAAUAAAGGCAAGUCUUAUCAUACUUGUAUAUAAAAUACCUGACGUAAAUUGUAAUACCUGCUGUGACAACUUUACUUAAUGUACAUUUUCAUAAAAAGAUGUAAUAAACAAGAGAUCUGUCAAAACCCCUUUUUAUUACUUAUAUAUGAAUAUUUAUUUGUCUAUUCUAGGUUCUAGACAAUAAGUCUAUGUAUGUGUAAUACUAUUUGACAAUUAUUGAUUUACUUACAGAGAUUUCAAAGAAUUUUAAAUGUUGUUAAAUGUUUAAGACUAAUUUAAAGUUCUAUCAAGGAUUAGAAUUAUGAUUUCAUGUUCCAAGGAAAAAAUAUUAUUAAUAAAGAAUACCAUUGCUUCCUUGCAUA